CCGAUCGAGAUGGAAUUUGACUUUGACAUUAACCGUUUAUUUCCGGAGGAGAUCACGAUCGUUGGACCAGAUCUCGCUCCCUUCGACUCCUCGUCGCGAUGCCGCGGCAUCUCUGCCUACGCUCAGCAGGUGGCGCUAGUAGUGGACGCGAUGGGCGAGGCGUCGGCGAGGGCGCAGGCGCUGCGUCAGCCAAUCACGAGCGCGGUCAAGCUGCGGCCGUCUCAGCAGCGAGUCUACCUGCUGAAGGACGAGCGAGCGAACACCACCAGGGGCGCUGUAGUCGGCUUCCUCAAGGUCGGCAACAAGCGGCUGUUUGUGCUCGACGCUCGCGGCACCCAGCACCAGGUGGCUCCACUCUGCGUGCUUGACUUCUACGUGGCCGAGUCGCGGCAGCGGGCCGGCGCGGGACGACGACUGUUUGAGCGCAUGUUGGAGGCAGAGGGCGCCACCGCGAGCGCGCUGGCCGUCGAUCGACCGUCGCACAAGUUUGUGUCGUUCCUGGCGCGACACUACGGACUUCGUGAUCAGAUACCGCAGGUUAACAACUUCGUCGUCUUCGAUGGAUUCUUCUCCGGCCACCCGCCAGAUGGCGCCGCCGCACCGCUCCCGUGCGGACGCCCCGCGGGAGAGCGCGGAGGCUACGGCGGCGCCACCUGCCCACCGACGACGAGGUUUGAGCGAGAGCGCAAGAAGGCAAACGGUGGCGUCCCCGCUCACCAGCAGGUGGCGCCGUGGUACGGGUCGGAGCGGGCGGCGGGGGUAGCGACGCGGGCGGGGGCGGGCGUGUUCAGCCGUUACUCCGCCUCCCCCACCCUCCUCCCCGCCACGCCACGCACACCGAGCCGCGGACCUCCGGUCGUCACGGCGACCUUGCAGGAAACCGGGGGUCGUCUGCUGACGGUGGACCUCACGGGGCGGAAGGUCGCGGCUCAGGGGAAGGAGGGGGAGGAGGAGGAGGAGGAGGGCGGGGGGAUGCAGGAUGCGUGCGGGGUGAGGACGGGGAUGCCGGAGGUCGCCGGCGGAGUGCGACGAUACGAAGACCUCGCCAAGGACACGUCGUGGAAGAUAUUCGGCAUGCCCGCGGGCAUCGGUGGCGCCCCCGCGGGCAUCGGUGGCGCCCCCGCGCCGCACGCUCGCAGUACGAACGGUGGCCUGUGGUGA